GCCCAACCAUACCCCCGCAAACUUCUCACACAACAGCGACACCAGAUCGUCAUCAUCGUCCUCGUCUCAUACCAGAGCCUCGACGCCUCAAGCCAACCCUCCUGUAGUGGAGCACCGCAGCAUUCACGCAUUCACACGAAGUAAGUGAACAACAGAGUACAAGACGACCGUGCAACAGGGCACACCGCACAAAACCUCGCCAAUCCUUUCCAUUUUCCCGUUAUUAGUAGCAAUCAAGAUCACGACAUCAAGGCUGCCCCGAUGGAUUUGCCGCUCAACUGUGCUGUGCAGGGCACGGCGUCUGUGGGAGACGAGGUGCAAGUUGUCGCACCAACCCGCACGACCAUUAACGGCCGCAAGGGCAUCGUGCUGGACGUCCCUGGCGGACGCAACAAAUCUUGGUACACCAUCAGGAUGGAGCACCAACUCCGCCCUGUCAAAGUUCGUGGGAGUGAGCUGCAGCUGAUGAGCGCAGCUCCUUCAACGCUGGCCUACUCAAGAAGGAGGCUCCGAAACAGCUUGCCUGCGAUGGGCAGCGCCACUCCGACUUCUGCAGCUGCUGCAGCAAACACAGCAUUUACUCAUCGCUACACGUCGGCAACGCCUCCCGUGAGUCGGCAAGCCCACCAGCCGCCUUCUGCGCAGAGGCGACAUGCAAGCAUGCACGGAGACAUGCAAGGGCGGCUUCUCGGCAUGUCCAGACCGCAUAACAUGCACCAGGCACAGCCCCAGCCCAAGCCCCAACCUCAGCUGGCUGCGUCGAUGACCCGCACAAGUCUAGCCCAACGCACGCCUAGCACGCCCGCCUCCGCGUCCUCGCUCACCCCUGCGCCAGUACUGGACACCCCAAGCAGCAAGCGAUCUGAAGGCAGCACGGUGAGGGCUGCCGCGUCCACGCCGAGCAGCGUGCAUGCAGGUGCUACACACGCUAAUAUGGCGCGCUCACAGUUACACGCAGCCGACUUGCGAGACGGCGAGCCCCACCACCAUGUACACCGCCAGCAGCGACACGAACAAAAGGACGACCAGCCAGCCGCCCCCAUGCGCCCCGUUCCGACGGUUCUUGCGACAUCAUCCACGCAAGUGCCAGUAGCGCCACCAAACUCGAAUGACCUGUGCCCGUCUCCCCAGGAGCGUCCCCACACCGUACGUGACAGACCGCACCUGUACGCGGGCAGGGAUGUCGUCGACGAGCGCGGCGGUGCGUCAUCACAGCAGCAGCUCACAGCACGGACCAAACGCCUCGGCCCAAAGCAGCCAAAGAGGGCCAAGGUGUGUGUGUUGCCUCUGCCUUCCAGCAAUGUUCCCGUGCCAGAAAUCGAGGAGCAGCCUGAAGAGCACAUUGUGCGCCUGCGGAAGAAGCGCAUGAGAGAAAUGCUGCGGAAGCAAAGCUUGGGACGCAGACGCCCUGUGCAGUACCAAACGCUCUCUUUUGGCCUUCUCGUGCCGCAGCCGUCAAAUACCACCUCCGGCUCCGCCGUUGUUUUGCACCAUGCUUCAGACAAGGACCUGCGCGGGCGCUCCGUUGUGAUUGACCAACUCUUUCCGCACUUGCCGCUGUUGGAGUCCUCAUCAUCAUUGGCUGACUUCACCCCCGAGGCAUAUGCGUUUCGCAACCCGGUGUUCCGCAUUCCAAACCUCCGCCGCCUACCGCCGAUCGACGCAUCGCCUCAGCCGCCAUCGCUGCUCCCACAACAGCAGCCGCCUGUGCCCAUCACAGAUGCGCGCCAGCACCAAGCUGUGAGCUACAGCAGCAGCACUGCACAUGAAGACAACAGACACGCAGCUGUCGGAUUGUUUCCGCCUUCCACUGCUUUUCACAAGCCAGAACACCAUCGCCUCGCCCUUCAGCACCACACCCUAGUUCUUCCAGAAACCAUCCUAUACCAACGCUGCAAGCAGCGGGUGUGGCGUGAAUGCGAGCAGUGCCACGUCGCCUUCAGCACUGCUGUGCAUGACAUGGAAGCGUGGGGUGUUGACGCGAGUUUCCACAACUACUGCAGCAUGCGUUGCCUUGGUUGCGCCCAACAAGCCAGCCCUACUCCUCCUGGAACAGAAGCGAGCAUCAACCUCGUUUGCCACACGCAAGCCGUGCUACCAUCAUGCACAAGCGCAGAGACCAAUGUGUCUCCAUCUGACAUGCGGGAGUCGCCUGUGGUGAUGGAGCGUGCGUGGGAGCGCGGGGACGCAGCCAUCUUCCAAGACAAGGACCCGUGCGUUGUCUACGGCCAGUUCUUUGAUCGCAAGGGCGAGCAGUACGUAUACCUUGUGUCCAUGGCCAUGCACGUCACGGCGCCCGCUCCUAAGGAUCCAGAGGCGAUUGCCCGCCUGCCCAAAUCCGCGUUUUCGCUCGAUCGUCGCAUUCUGAAACCACUGCCAGCACGCCUGCUCACCUGGCGGCUGGGUUUCCAAUGGGACCUGCCAACGUUCAUCACGCAAGAGGUCUUGACGGCGGCAAAGGCACGCGCUGCACAGCUGGUGCUUGGCGCCAAUGACACCACCACCACCACCGCUGACAGCAGCACCGACGCCCUCGAACCGCCGUCUCCGCCACCACUGAUUGACGAGGCUGACGUGCGCAGGCGCCACCGCCAUCGCCUUGCUGGCCCACGUGCCCCGACAUUGCCAACCAGACCCGCAGCUGCACCCAAACAGACACUCACGAAACCGAGCGCGUUUCCGUUCUUUCCCGAAGGCACUCACGCCCCCGACUUCCUGGCCGAACAGUUGUGGAAUUUUGUCAUGUCCGAGGAGUGCAAGACGCCAAACUUUGCGGAAAAGCUGAACAUGGAACUUCGCGGUGUGCAGGACAUGACGGCCUUUGAGAAGUACUUCCAGCGGUACACCGGUGCAGCACAGACUUUCUUUGGCAGCCAGAGGAACUGGCGAGAGCACCUGCACAUGAUCUGGGAGGCGCUGCCGGCUGCCUGCAGGGAACGCUAUGCCUUUCCCACUGAGUUUGAGACCCCGAAAGCAGCAACGAAACCUGGGACGAGGAUGGAGCAAUGGGAGGCCUGCCCCAAACACCUUCACCACACACAUGAUGAUGCAAGUGUGACGCUGGCAAUGCUGAUGCGGCAUCCACGAAAGCCCCGCAAUGUGCCUGUCCGCGUGUGGGCCCAGCGCUUGCGGGAGCAGCAGCAGGAACUACGGCUACAACGCCGCGAGUUGCGGUUGCAACAGCAGCAGCAACAACAACGACAACAGUUACAACAACAGCAACAACAGCAACAACAACAACAACGACAACAGCAACAGUUACAACAACAGUUGCAGCAACAUCAGGGCAAUGCAUCUGGUGUGCCGUCUGUCAUGUUGCGCAACCCAAGCAAUGUGCUAGCGGUGGGCGUGGAUGGCCAGUCGAUGCCUGCACGCCUUUAUGACACCACGCGGCUGAUGCAGGAGUCGCGGAAGGCGAUGAGGCAGCCACACAGCAGUGCACGACCCGGUACCUCUGAAGUGAAGUCGUCCUCGCCUGCGCCAGUCAUGGCGUUCGUGGCGAAGAAGAGCAGGAAGAACAGGACGAGAAAGAACAACAAGGCAGCAGCAACCACGACAGCAAAACCGGCCAAGAUGACCAGGAUGACCAAGAUGCAAGUGCACACCGGCGACACUGCUGUACUCGACUACCAUCACCACCGCCCUCGCGACCCUUCUGCACGUGGUCAUGCAGUGGACCGCCACGCUGGCUCUGUCGAGGCAACAGCGGUGCCGCAGCCUGCUGUGGAGUGA